AUGUUAGCUGCAACGUCUUCACCUCGACGUACUGCUUCUGCGGUGAUGAAGAAACCAAUCACUGUUAACAAUUCAAUUCUUUGUAUCUCAGAAGAAAGAGAUAGUAUGCGUUACGCAGCAGUUAUUGGAUUCUAUUUCAUGCAAAGACUCUUCCAUUUAUUCGUUAGUCUACUUACUAAUGUUACUAUGUUUAUCGAAAACGGGUUUCGUUCAAAAACUGAUUUUCCCAGUCACAGUUGGAAAGAAUUAAAUAAAGGAACUGCAUUGAUUUUUGGUGAGCCGUUGUUGUUAUGCAUGCCAGGUCAUCGAAAUAUUUAG